UGCUUUCGGUUGCUGCGUUACGAGAAUCCAAAGACUCCAACUACCAUGGAAUCCGAUGAAGGUCCAUUUUAUAAACCAGAAAGCCGGGAAAAAACGUAUUACGAGUUGCAGCGAAUAGAAGAGAGAUGGAAAGUAAUAUUAACUCAUUGGACGCCUUCGAUGAUGAAUAACAAUGGAAGAUAUCAAGGAACUUUGCAUGAUAGGAAUUCCACCGACGGUGAGACCACAAGCGUGGUUUUAUCUCUCUGGCGGUCGCACGUUGAUGCAAGGAUUGGAAAACCUUUAUGAAGACCUAAAACACCAACAAGGAGAUCCAAACACUAUGAGAGAAAUCGAGGCGGAUCUUCGUCAGCAAUUCUCAUAUCAUAUACACUUUGGGGACCAAACACCUGGACGAGAAAAUCUGUUUUCUGUGUUAAAAGAGCUUUCUCCAUUAUGGAUAACGGCAUUGGAUAUUUUCGCAGCCAAGGAAACAUCGCAGCUUUGCUUCUCAUGCAAAUGCCACCUGAACCGGCCUUCUGGACUCUCGUCGCUAUCACUAAAAACCAUCUUGCUAAUUACUCCAAACGUAACGCGAGUAUGUUGCAACGAGAUGGACAAAUUUUACAGGAUCUCUUGAAACGAGAAUCGCUAAUCGCCUACAGUCAUCUCGAGAAACUUCAAAUCGAUCCGAGGUUAUACACUGUCGAAUGGUUCUCGAAUCUGUACACGCUAACAUUGCCUUAUGGAACUUUACUUCGAAUCUGGGAUAUGUUUGUCUACGAGGGACGCGCAGUGAUCUUUAAGGUUGCUGUCGCUUUGAUAAAAGGUUGUCUCGGAGGCAUGUUGGUAGAAAGACGUCGAUUCACGCUGAGCCAAACUCUCGAAAUAUUGAGGCAACCGCCCGGUUACGUAGUUGAAGAAGAAUCGUUAAUUCGCGAGGUUCGAGCCGUGGUCUUCAGCGACGAUGUUUGCUGGCAGCAGAAAUCCGCUGGGCAAUCGCUCAAAAGACAAGCUGAGGAUUCGGGUGCAGAAGUCGAUCCUAAGAGACAGUAAAUUUUAGUUCGGCCUGGGGAGGAGUAAAACGGGCUGCUUGUUUCGGGGAAUUUGUGACUUUUUAAAACUUUGGUCAUCAAACUACUUUCCUUAUUGUGUUAAAGAAUCGAUGAAUAAGCGAAAGUCAAAUAAUUUUCGCAAAUGUCUUGAAUCAAUAAACGGACUCAA